CCCGUGGCAUGUGGGAUCCUCCCGGACCGGGGCGCGAACCCGUGUCCCCUGCAUCGGCAGGUGGACGCGCAACCACUGCGCCACCAGGGAAGCCUCACAGUACAUUUUUGGGUAAAGCUCUUACCAAUAGUGAACAGGCCACAAAAGAAUACAUUUAUGAUCAUCAAAGGUUUCACUGUUGAGCUUGACUUUUAAUAUUUGAAAGUAGAUGUUUAUUGCUUUAAGGCCUAACUUGUCUCAUUGGAAAUUUUGUUCAAUAAUCAUAUUCUCAGGGCUAAAAAGAGUUCAGUACACAAUUUAUUUCUGCACAGAUGACAAAACAUUUGAACUCCUAGAGAGAAGCGCUGUUUAAACAUUGUGACCUUUAUUUUAUUAGGUACUCUAGUUUACACUGCACCUGUGAUGGAUUCAAAAAUAUACAGUCUAAACCCACAAAUAGUAUUUUGUGUUCAAGCCACCUCUAGACCAGAGUUAUUUGGGGUUCAAAAUAGACAAAGCAGUUUUACAAAGGAGUCUAACUAUUGAUUAGCAGUUAAAAAAAACAGAAAAGAAAAUCCUAUCCACAUUUUGGUGGGAAUAAAAUGUGGUAAGUACAAAAAGCAGGUGGUCACUUGUAGCUGACUUUUUUUAAAAAAAUGAAGCUGUAUGGGAAAAGUUAUGAAAAAAGUAAGUAUAACACAAAGUUACAUUUCCAGAAUUAAAUACUUCUUGGGUAUUUACAUGUGACACCCAUAGCAGGCUGAGGCCCCUGGCUGGGUGGCAGAGUCAGCUAACCCAAUACCGGAGUCCCAGGUGCUUCUGCUUACACUCAGAUUCGGUCCAAGUAUACUUUAGUGCUCAAGUGUUGGGUCAUGCCCUUGGCCACCUCCAUCAUUUGAGUGAGAGUAAACAAUAAAUAGGAUCUGACUGAGUUAUGUUUGGAAGGAUUCUCCAUGAAUGAGACAUUGUGUAUGAAAUGCCAGGAAAGAGCCUAGUAAAUGUUAGCUUUUAAAAAAUUCUGCACUUGCAUUGGAUGGAACCCAGAAAUAGCAGUGAAAGCCAUUGUUGCUUCCAAUCUGGGAAGCCCGUCUGCAACGAUUUUUUUCAAACUUUUGAGGAUCUCCGUGUUGUGUUGUACUGUGUUCUGAUUCACAGGAUAAAAAUAAAGUUGGGCUAACUGUAAUUUUGUCAUGCUCCCUUUGUACAGUUUUGAGCUCACUUUAAAAUAAGUCAUCUUGGGUAGACUUCCUGGUCUUUGUAUCAGACUUGCAGACAAAGUACCUAUUCUCCCAAAUGCUUUUCAUGUGGGGACAGGGGUGGGGCAUAAUAUUACCAGAAUGAAUGGGAUGAAUGACAGUGCCUUGCUGGAUAAAUAUCUUAGGUAAAUUCAAAUUCAUAACAGAAGUGUAGACACUGUGUUCUCACAAAUGUUAAUGCUACAACACAAAGGUGUGCGGACCAUGUGGAAAGCCCUAGUUUAUCACUUUACAGAGACUCUACUUCCAAAACUAGGGAGUAUUUUUUUUUUUUCCUCUCAGGGGUCAUUGACCCACAGGAGAAAAAUAAUAAAAAGGGUCACAGAAGAGGUUAAAAGGAACUCAAUUUGGUUCUUACUGAUUAUUUUUAAAAGUCACAAUAAAAAGUGAAACUUAACUGGUUUAAAAUUUAAGAAGAGGAUAAAACAAAACUUUAUUCAGUAUGUCCAAUGAUGGAAAUGCUUUAAAUUCUACUUCAGUUCCAGUAUGGCCAGUAAUGGGGUGGGCAAAAGGACUGGAAAAACAAAAGGGACAAGGAAAAAAAACCCGGAGAGGUAAAGGGAGAGACUGAGAACAACCAAGAGUCAAGAAAAAACACACACCAACAAAGGGAAGAGGCUUUUUGGAUUACUUUUUUUUUUUUUUUAACUUUUUAAAAAACCUGUUUUGUAAAACCUUGUUACAACUCUUCAUGUUUAUCUUUUUUUUUUUUUUUCCUUCCAGGCAAGGCUUUACUGGGAAUCCUGCUGCAGCACUAGGGAGCGAAAACAACAGAUUAUUUUACUUCAGAGCUCCCUCAGUAUAUCUUGAGAAAUUAUGGAUCAUCACAUUCCCAUGCAUGCAUUACCUGAAGAAAUCCAAAAGGUUGUUACAUAAUACUGAACAGAGUUCCCUGUGUUAUACAAUGUCUCCUGAAGAAAAAGUUUGUAAGUACUGUGGAGUCAGCUAUCUAAUUCUUCAUGAGUUUAAGGCUAUGGAAGAAAAAGUGAAAGCGAUGGAAAAAGAGAUGAAAUUUUAUCAAGGAAGUGUAGAACGUGAAAAGAGCCUUCAAGAAAUGCUACAGUCUCUUAGCCAAGAUUUUGAACAGUACAAAAUUGACAAUGAAUCCAAAAUGGAAAGAAUUCGAGAUGCAAGCAUGCAGUUAAAAAGUCACCAAAAUGAUUUUCACAGAGUACAGAAAGAAUUGAGUCAGUUGCAACAUGAGUUAAAAAUUAAACAAAGACAAUCACAAAUCUUCAGUCAGAGAUUGACAGAAUACAAGUAUCUCUGGAAUAAGACUCUUUCAUUACUUACUUUUAGUAAAAGAGAGCUAACCAGUAUUAAAAAUGAAGUAUAUGAUAAUUUUCAAAACUGGACUUCACUGAAAGGAGAAGUUUUUCUACAAAUUAAAUCCAUAAGUGAAACAGCCUUGACAGAAAUAAAGAUGCUAAAUAAAAGUUUGACAGUGUCCCAGAGAAAUAAUGUAUGCCUUGAAGAGGAAAUGAAAAAUCUGAAAUUGUUGUCAAAUGCAGCCAUAUUGAGAUCUCAGCAAAUUGAGACAUCCAAACAACAGGAAGUAAACUUGCAAACCAGAUGCCAUGACUUGCAAAAGGAAGUACUAGAUUUACAAUGUCAAGUUGAAGCACUUGGGCUAAAACUUCAGAAGGCAGUGACUGAGAUGGACAACUACAAAGAAAAGCUCAUGAAUAAAUCUAAUGAAGCUGAUGAGUGUCAAAGAGAACUUAGAAAACUGAAGUUCGAAUCCAUUAUUUCUGAGUCACGGCACACCAGAUUGCUUAAAGAAAAGGAAGACUCUUUAAUGACUUGUCAACAAAUAUAUAAAACUUUACAGGAAGAACUGACUGCAAAAGAAAGGCAAGAAGCUGACUUAAAAAGAAGAAUUAAUCUUGCAGAAAAUGAACUGGAAGUAACCAAGACUCUUCUGAAUCAGACAAAGCAAGAGGUUGUAACACUGAAAAGUGAAAGGUCUUCGUUGCUGCGUGCGGGCUUUCUCUAGUUGCGGGAAUUGAUGCUGAUUUCACAUCAGAAAAGCACGGAGCAGUUGCAGGAAACCCUUAGACAGGAGAUGCUGAACGGUGAUAACUGGAGGGAGAAGAUUGAAGCUGAACUCGCCAAGGAAAGAGCCCAACAUUUAGUUGAAUUUCAGGAGCAAGCUCUUCUCUUUAAAGAAGUUAAACUGGAACUCGAUAUUGAAAAGGAAAAACACCAAGAAAUAAUCCAAAAGUGUAAGAAAGAACAAGAAGAACUACAAAUGAAGAUAUCUGACUUAAUUGAAGGUGCUACUAAAGAUCUAAGGCUGAAAGUGGCUACUCUUGAAGAAAAACUCCAUGAAUCCCAUAUUCAAUAUACUGAAGAAUCUGAGUUAAAGGAGAAAGAAAUCGAAAACCUUAAAAAUUUGGUUGCAGAAUUUGAAUCACGCUUGAAGAAGGAAAUUGACAGUAAUGAUUCAGUUUCAGAGGACUUGAGGAAGGAAAUGAAACAGAAGUCAGAUGAACUGGAAAGAGUAAUGCUGGCACAAGCACAACUGAUACAGCAAUUCAACCAGUCCCAGGAAGAGAACACUUUUCUUCAGGAAACAGUGCGUAGAGAGUGUGAAGAACGCUUUGAACUGACGGAGGCUUUGAGUCAAGCCAGAGAACAGCUCCUGGAGCUCAGGAAGCUCGGCGGACGGUUACCCCUGUCACCAUGCCAGGGCAGCCUAACCUCCUCUGUUGCAGCUAGCAGCAGUCAGGGAGAGAAGAGGCUUGCAAGACUGAACUCCGAAAAGAGAAUCAAAAUCCCCAGCCUGCACGGAGUGUCGAAACCCACCGCUUCCCCAGCCUCAACUCAGCCCAGCAGGGUCAGCAGCUCAGGUUUGCCCACAUUCCCCCAGCCACACCCUCCCCGGGGUCGACCGUCUUCAGUCAGUGAGACCCGGCAGAGACUGGCUGUCAUUCUGCAGAGGAGACUGAGUCAGCAGUGA